ACGAGCGCUGCCGGGGAGGUUGCCGAGUAAAGAUUCCGCGUGAGAGCGCUCGGAGUUGUAGAGCCGACAGACGGACACCGGACCCGCCUGCUGGACCCUCCCGACCGGGAACAUUUCAGUAUUGUUUCUGACCGUAACACCAAGAAGAUGUCGCUGGGGGACGACUGCCACGCCUGGAAGAAGAAGACCACCGAUGUGAAGGAUCAGUACGACUUCAAAGAGGUCCUGGGAACGGGAGCUUUCUCCGAGGUGGUCCUGGCUGAGGAGCUGAAGACCAUGAGGUUGGUGGCUAUCAAGUGCAUCCCCAAGAAGGCUUUGGAGGGCAAGGAAAGCAACAUUGAGAACGAGAUAGCAGUCCUGCACAAGAUUAAACACGCCAACAUCGUGUCUCUUGAAGAGAUAUUUGAGAGUAAAUCACACCUCUACCUUGUCAUGCAACUGGUGUCUGGCGGGGAACUCUUUGACCGUAUCAUCGAGAAAGGCUUCUACACGGAGAAAGACGCCAGCAAGCUCAUUCAGCAGAUUCUAGAUGCCGUCAAAUACCUGCACGACAUGGGCAUCGUGCACCGUGACCUGAAGCCAGAGAACCUGCUGUACGACAGCAUGGACGAAGACUCCAAGAUCAUGAUCAGUGACUUCGGGCUGUCUAAGAUUGAGGGCUCUGACAGUGUGAUGUCCACCGCUUGUGGAACACCUGGAUAUGUUGCCCCUGAAGUGUUGGCUCAGAAACCCUACAGCAAAGCAGUGGACUGCUGGUCUAUUGGUGUGAUAGCUUAUAUUCUGUUGUGUGGUUACCCUCCGUUCUACGACGAGAAUGAUGCCAAACUAUUUGAACAGAUCCUGAAGGCAGAAUAUGAGUUUGAUUCUCCUUAUUGGGAUGAUAUCUCUGAUUCAGCUAAAGACUUCAUAGUCCACCUGAUGCAGAAAGACCCCAACGCACGAUACACCUGUGAUCAGGCUCUGCAGCACCCCUGGAUUGCUGGCGAUACGGCUUUGGAGAAGAACAUCCACGAGUCUGUCAGUGCUCAGAUCAAGAAGAACUUUGCGAAGAGCAAGUGGAAGCAAGCAUUCAACGCCACAGCAGUGGUCCGUCACAUGAGGCGUCUCCAGCUGGGCACCAGUAACGAGGGGCCCAGCCCCACCCUGCCGGAGGAGGAUGGAGAGGCUGGUGAGGGCUCCCAGGAUGUGGAUGGAGGAGCUGACUCCAUGUCCAACUGCACCUUCCGCUGCCACCCCACCAGCAGGGUGUGAUCCCUGCAGCUGCUCCACUUACUUGCCUGAUCAAUCCCAGCGACUUUCCAAUUUGAACCCCCUCGGUGGAACCGGAGGCCCGAUCUCCCCCUUAUCUGGUUAGGAAUACAGCGUCAUUCCAACCUCACGCCUGCAGGGGGGGCAAGCCUGUCCAUCCUGAGAGGGAAGACCUAAACUGGGAUGAAAGGAGGAGUAGGGAGACUUGAGGAUAACGAUGUACCGAAGGAUUACUUUUACAGACUGGGCUUGUAGUUUGGGAUAAGAUGAAAUGGGGAAAGGAUACGAGGGAAGGAGGGGAAGAUGAACUUCUCCUCCAGCAUGUCAGGGGGUGGUUUUGCAGAAGCAGGACAGAGCUUGUUGGGCACUGUUUGUACUCAUGAUGUUUGUUUUAUUGUUUUAUAUAUUUCUCUGUUGUCUUUUUAACUUCCUGCUAUAGAGUGCAAAUCCAGGGACAAUAUCUGCAUGAUCAGGAGAGAGUUUCCCCCUUGCAUGUUUUAUCUUAUAUACCAAAGGAUGGAGUUUUGUGUGCAAAGUUGUUUGAAGAGGAAAAGAGCAUUUUGCUUUGUUGCAGUAUUUGAAAUGAAAUUCAGUCGAAUCUUCUGCAUUCUGUCUUCAAGUCGUGCUUUUAGACAAUCAGUACAGAAUAGUUUAUGCAAUGAAAACUCCAUCUCUCUUGAGGCACUGUAGUGUUUCCAUGCAGCGGUUCGGAUCCUUGAGAGGCCCAGAACCCCUUUAACCCUCCGGCACAGGGACAGCUAUCUGUCUACGGUGCCUUUAGGAGGAGGACUUUAUUUGGUGGCGUCUGAAUCUUUUUGUCUGUUUCUUGAAGCACAGACUUUUUUUAUGUAUCACAUUUUAUGCUUUGAAAAUGAAUUUCAGGCUUUUCGUCUCAAAUUUGAGGACCAUCAUUUAUAUAUAUAUAUAUAUAUAUAUAUAUAUAUAUAUAUAUAUAUAUAUAUAUAUAUACACACUCCGUGAAAACAACAUUAAUAUGAAACAAUUGUUAAAACCUUUCUGGCAGGCUUAAUGUUUAAUUUUUUUAAUCCCAGAAAUAGAUUUUUUGGGAAAUAUUAUUUCUGUUUUGCCAGCAGAUUCAAAUACUGUAUUCAUGUAUUUCAUUACAAAUCCUACGGUACAUUUUGUGCAGAAAGCAUUGAUCAGACUUUGAAGGAUUAAGUAGGACCUAAAUGUGAUGAGCAUCGUACAGCCGCCUCCUCUUGCUCUCAUUUACCUCCACAUGCAGCCCGUUGAGAAGGGAAACCUAGAUUAAUGUGAAUAUGCAUCCGAUUGACUCACUUUCUCUUUACUGUCCUUCAUCGGUGGUUUUUAUGUGUGUGCGUGUGCAUGAAGAGUCAUCCGACUCUUUUUAAAAGUUGCAUAGACAAGUUUAUAGCAGUGUUGGCUCUUUUUCAGGAAGAAUGGUGUUGAUGAUCAGGUGUAGAGGAGCUUUCUUUGGGGAACUGAGUGGCUGUCUUAAGAUCUUCCAGCGUGGCGGUCUCAUCCUCUCUGGACUUGUGGUCCUGAUGUCAUUUGCAUGAUGUGGUUGAACUUGUCAAUACAUGAUCAACAAGGAAUAGAGCGUCCACUACUUGUGAUGACGUAACAGUUGCCAUGAGAUGAGUGCUUUGGAAGCAGAUACUAUGUUUUACUCUUUUAACAAGUUCAGAAUUAUCUUCAAAUGUUUGUCAUGAGCAAAGUUGGAUUAACGUUCCAGAGGGUCACGUCUAGUUCCAUCUGUUGCGUAAGUUCUCUUCUCUUUCUCCUGCAUUCCUAUUGGUUACGGUCACGUGUGAAGGUGUGAAGGUGUGAAGGUGUGAAGCCGAGUGAAGAGUGGUUUCCUCCUCUGAAGUUCACUUCAUAAAGCUCAGGACACUGAGGCACGAGGAGACGGACAAUAUCACACAAAAACAACUUAAACAAUUAAUUUGCAGCAGUUCAAUUUAGCUCCUGUAAUUUGCCGACUGAUGAUUAUUAAUUUGAUCGAUUGUUAAAGAUUAACAUAAUGCAGGUCCUUUUGGUUCAGCACAAUCAAUCCCAAGAGUACUCAAAUUAAUGUCUUUCCACAAAGCCUGAACCAAAAAUGAAUUUCAAAGAAUAAUCAAGUGAUUUGUGCUUCUCCUUGUAAUGAAUGACCAAUGUGUGCUAAGACUUGUUGUAUUUACAUUAUUAAUAUGUUGCCUUUUUAAGAAAUGCUGUUUCAGGCUGCAGGACCUACUGUACACAGAUGCAAUGCAUCAUGGGUUGUUGAAACGUGACUACUGCUCAGUGUGAGUCGGUGGCUUGUGCUUGAAACUGAUUUGUAGGUGAAACAUACAUUAAAAUACCUGUCUAUGCAUUA